UGCAGUGAUAUUUGUAUUAAUUUAAAGAUUUUUUUUUGUUGUUGCUCUUGCAUAGGACACCUCCCUGCAAGAGUAUUAUGAUAACAUUGCAUUGAUAGUGAUUUCUACCUCGGGGUGGAGAGGAAGAGGGGUGAAAGCUGCUGGUCACAGUGUUAUUUUCCCCCAGACUUGAGCAGAGCUGAUCUAAAGAGAGAAGAGAGAGGAAAAAGGUGGGAGGGGGUGGGGGGGGGGGGAGAGAGACAGGAGAGCUAAAUGCGGCAGACUGGCGAUCCUGCACCGGGAACCAUGAACAGCAGCGGGUCUGGUAACUUUCUGCUGGUCCCCAUACCGGAGUAUCCCCUGCUGGACAACAAGACGGUGAAGAUUGUGGUGCUGGGAGCGAGCAACGUCGGGAAAACCGCUCUUAUCGUCAGGUUUCUGACUAAGCGGUUCAUCGGAGACUAUGAAGCAAACACUGGAGCGCUUUACUCCAGAAAGGUCACAUUGGAUGGGGAGGAAGUGUCGCUUCAGAUCCAGGAUACACCCUGCGUCUCUCUCCAGGAUGAUCCUGAGGGCCUGUACUGCCAGGAGCAGAUCAACAGAUCCAUCUACUGGGCAGACGGCUACGUGCUGGUUUUCUCCAUCACGGAUCACAACAGCUAUCGCACCAUCCAGCCGCUGUACCAGCACGUCAGACGCAUCCACCCCUCUGGAAACAUACCUGUUAUACUGGUUGGCAACAAGAGCGACCUGCUCCGAGCUCGACAAGUGCCUGCGGACGAAGGCGAGACGCUAGCGGCUUCACUAGGAGGAGUUUACUUUGAGGCCUCGGCCAGAGAGAACCACGAGGGAGUCCACGCCGCCUUCCUUCAUCUGUGUCAGGAGGUGAUCCGGGCGUUGGGAGGAGGGAACGGUGAGAAAAGGAGAGGAGGCCUCCACCUUGCCCGACCCAAAUCUCCCAACAUGCAGGAGUUGAAGAGGAGGUUCAGGCAGGUCCUGUCCUCCAAAGUCAAAUCAUCCACCACUAUCUGAUCGCAGGAUGGUUUACCAAAGACAAAAUGCAGCCAGACACCUGGCAUGAAUAAAUAAGCGCUUCCAUCCAAAGAAAAAGGUUAUUUUCCGGGAUUAUCUUUGAUGGAACGCUUUAGAAACAUGACAAGAGGCCUUGGUAUCAAAGACCUGUGACUUUUAAGUUUGGGAAUUUAAGCCGUUAAUGGCAUGAAAACGCUCAACUGCAGUGAUCAAAGCAUUUUAAGGAGCACCAGCGGUCGCCAUCAGAUGAAGAGAUAAAGACAAAAAGACUUGGAAACGGUGGCUUUCUGGAAGCCGAGCUCUUCUCUGUGUUUGGAUGAAGCUGCCGCCGGUCAACACGUUCAACGCGACCUUUUUCCCAGACUCGAGUACGACAAGGAUGCUGCUCAAAACCAACAUGUCAAAAGACUGCUAAACAAACAGCUUGUGUUGUGUCUUGGCUUGGCCCGUUUACCAUGAAGGGCAGUGAAUGUGUCGCUAACACUUGACUGACAAGCUCACUGUAACCCUUCCGACAACUAGUGAAUUUAAUACAUCAAAUCAAUAAAGAAUUAUUGAUUUCA